AUGUCUCUUGGUCGCACCUUUAAGCUGAACUCGGGCUACGAGAUCCCCGCCGUUGGUCUCGGUACUUGGCUCUCCAAGCCCAAUGAGGUCGAAAAUGCCGUUGAGACUGCCCUUCGCAAAGGUUAUCGUCAUAUAGAUGCGGCAGCAUGCUACCAGAACGAGAACGAGGUCGGAAACGGCUGGAAGAAGUCGGGCGUGCCUCGCGAUCAGUUUUUUAUUACCAGCAAGCUGUGGAACACCCACCACCACCCUGACCACAUCGAAGAAGCCAUCAACAAGACCCUCGCAGACCUCCAAACCGAUUAUCUGGACCUUUACCUAAUCCACUGGCCCGUCGCCUUCGCCCACACUAACGAAACCCUCACCCCGACCGAUCCGGUAACCAAGCGUUUCCAGAUAGCCGACGUCCCGGUCUCCGACACUUGGGCCGUCUUGGAGAAAUUCGUCGAGGCGGGUAAGAUCCGGAGUAUCGGCAUUAGCAACUUCACGAUCCAGGCAACCAAGGAUCUACUGAAGACAGCCAAGAUUCCUCCAGCUGUGAAUCAGAUCGAGGCUCAUCCUUACCUUCUCCAGCCGGAACUGUUCAAGUAUCUCAAGGAGAGCAACAUUCUUCCUGUGGCUUAUAGCCCUCUCGGAAACAAUAUCUAUAACCUGCCUCGCGUUGUCGACGACCCGACAGUCGUGGAAGUUGCUAAGAAGCUGAACAAAGACCCGGCGGUCUUGCUGAUCUCGUGGGCUAUUCAGCGGGGAUCGGCAGUUCUGCCAAAGAGUGUGACUCCAUCGCGAAUUGAGAGUAACUUCCAAGACUUUGUGAUUUCGGACGCCGAGUUUGAGGCUCUGAACCAGCUUGACAAGAACGAGCGGUACAACUACCCCUUCCGCUGGGGUGUGGAUGUUUUUGAAGAAUUGGGAGCUGCUGAGGCUGAGAGACGAGCUGAGGAACAUGCUGCUGAGCUGAGAUAG